UCUUCAAGUUCUGCAGACACCUGCACAUUCAACGGUAGAAAGAAACUUCACAAAAGCCUACCAGAAAAGUGACUUCUUGGGCUGCCCGGACUCUGCAGGAUGGACCUGUGCAUCACAAUUAAAGGGGUUUCAUUUCUACUGCAAACAGGCUUGGGAAUCCUGGGCAACCUCUUGGUUCUGCUGGCAUAUGCACACAUUGCCUGUAGUGACGGCAGGGUCCAGCCCGUGGACAAGAUCCUGUGCCAUCUCGCCUUUGCCAACCUCCUGCUCCUCCUCACCCGCUGCGUCCCCCAGACCAUGACUGUGUUUGGGCUAAAGGACCUUCUAAACGACAGCGGCUGCAAAGCUGUCAUCUAUGCCUACAGGAUUGCCCGUGCCCUGUCUGUCUGUAUCACCAGCAUGCUCAGCGUCUUCCAAUCCAUCAUUAUCGCCCCAGCCUCUUCCCGCUGGGUGGGCCUCAAGGUCAGGGUGUCCCAGCUCCUCUUCCCCUCCUUCGCCGCCCUGUGGCUGAUCAACAUGGCGGUGUGCAUCGCGGCCCCCUUCUUCUCCAUCGCCCCCCGCAACGGCACCGUCCCCGAAUUCACCCUCAACCUGGGGUUCUGCCAUGUGGACUUUCGCGACAGCCUCUCCUACAUCAUCAACGGGGUGGCCGUCUCGGGGCGUGACUUCAUCUUCGUGGGGCUCAUGGUGUGCUCCAGCGGCUACAUCCUCCUCCUCCUGCACCGUCACGGCAAGCAAGUGAGGCAGAUCCGCAGCCCCGACCAGCACUCCUCCCGGAACGCGGCCGAAACCAGAGCGGCCAAGACCGUGGUCACGCUGGUCACCCUCUACGUGGUUUUCUUUGGCAUCGACAACAUCAUCUGGAUAUACAUGCUGACGGUGGCACAGGUGCCCCCUGUCAUCGCGGACAUGCGAGUCUUCUUCUCCUCCUGUUAUGCCUCCCUCAGCCCCUUCCUUAUGAUCACCUCCAACAAGAAGAUCAAAAACAAGCUGAGCUGUGCUGCUGCCAAUCCAGAACAGAUGUCUCUCAACACCGAGGACUCCACCAGGAUAUGA